AAUUAUAUAUUUGCGUACUUAAUCACCAUUCCAGUGGUCGCAGCCGACGAGUGCACAACUUUCAAUAACUAAACUGUGUUUAUUUCAACUUUUUAAACGAAACAAUAAAAAUACCGAGAUAUUCUAAAUAUGAUGUCAGUCGAAGAAAAGUUCAUGAACUACAAACCACCAUUAUUACCAGAAAAUUUAGCACAUUUGCCUGACCGAGUUGCAAAUAGUUUUGCCGGAAAAACUAUUUUUAUAACAGGAGGAUCAGGAUUUUUGGGAAUGGUUUUGAUCGAAAAAUUAUUAAGGAAAUGUACCGAUAUAAAGAAAAUCUAUUUACUACUUCGGCCAAAGAAAGGGAAAGAUCCAAUGCAGCGACUUGAAGAUUUGUUUUCAUCAGAGUUAUUCAAUUACCUUAAAGAAUUGCAAGGUACAGAUUUUAUAAAAAAAAUAUCAGUUGUUGCUGGAGAUAUUGCCGAGAUAAAUUUAGGUAUACAAGAAGAUGAUCGUAAAAUUCUUAUUGACGAAGUAAAUAUUGUUUAUCAUGCGGCGGCUACAGUACGUUUUGAUGAACCUUUAAAAAAAGCAGUAUUUUUAAACACUAGAGGUACAAAGUUUGCAUUAGAACUGUCCAAAAAAAUGAAAAAACUCGAGGUCUUUGUCUAUGUUUCUACAGCUUACUGUCAUCCAUCAGAAACAGAAUUACAGGAAAAAAUUUACAAUUCUCCAGUUGAUCCUCACAAAAUAAUCCUAAGUAUGGAGAUAAUGGAAAAUAAAUACAUAGAAAAUAUUUCCAAACAAAUCGUGGGUGAUUUUCCUAAUUCGUAUGCAUUUACAAAAUGUCUUGCAGAACAAUUGGUGGCUGAACAAAUACAAUCUGGCAUGCCAUGUAUGAUUACUCGUCCCUCUGUAGUAAUUUCUAUUUGGAAAGAGCCUUUGCCAGGUUGGGCUUUGAACAAAAAUGGCCCUGUAGGAUUAUUUAUUGCUGCUGGAAAAGGAAUUGUUAGAACCAUGUAUUGUAACAAUAAAGGAUAUGCAGAUUUCAUUCCCGUUGAUACAGUUACUAAUGGACUUGUCUUAUCCGUUUGGAACUAUUUGGAAAAUAAAGAUACAUCCAAAAACGUUUUUAAUUUGACGUCAUGCAAAGAAUUGCGUGUCACGUGGCAAGAAAUUAUUGAAAAAGGUAGAGAAAUUCUUAAAGAGAUACCACUUAAUGGCUGUGUGUGGUAUCCAGGAGGCUCAUUUAAAAGUAGUAAAUUUCUUCAAAAUCUUUGUGCAUUUUUUUUACAUACCAUGCCUGCUUACUUUUUGGACGCUCUAAUAUAUCUGUCCGGUCACAAGCCAUGUUUAGUCAAUAUAAACGAUCGAAUCAAUAAAGGAUUUGAAGUAUUUGAAUACUAUACCAAUAACGUAUGGGACUUUAGAAAUGAUAAUCUGCGUUAUACAAGAACAAUUAUGAACGAGCGAGAAAAUUUUGAUUACAAUGUAAAUGUCUCUGAGUUGGACGUAAUAAGUUAUAUGAAAAAUAACAUAUUAGGAUGUCGAGUGUAUCUCAUGAAAGAACCUCAUGACACUCUGCCUGCCGCUCGUCGACAUUUGAAAAGGAUGUAUUAUGUUGAUCUUGUAACCAAAAUAAUUUUAUUUGGUCUUGUUUUUGCAUUUUUUUACUCGUGGUCCGAAACUAUAAUAGCAGCAAUUUUAAUGGUGUUGUAUUUAUUGCAACUCUUAUUCAAUUACUUGACAACAAUAAUCAAAAGGGAUCCUUCAUUCGGACAAGGAACAAAUAACGAGUUAAAUCACUGUCAUAUUUCUGUUGUGUUGUGGUCAUCAGCGAUACGCUUUCAAAUUCAUUUUGAUUUUCUUACAAAAACUACAGUUAUGUCAACUUACGAGGAAAGCUUCAUGAAUUACAGGCCACCAACCCUACCGGAAAAUCUUUCUCACCUACCAGACCGAGUAUCCAAAACUUUUGCUAACAAAACUAUUUUCAUUACUGGUGGCUCAGGAUUUCUCGGAAAAGUUUUACUGGAAAAGCUAUUAAGAAAAUCACGUGACAUAAAAAGAAUAUAUUUACUGCUCCGACCAAAAAAGGGAAAAGAUCCAAAACAGCGUAUAGAAGCUUUAUUUUCAAUUGAGUUAUUUAAUUAUAUAAAAGAAUUACAAGGAGAAAAAUGUAUGAAUAAAGUAAUCCCUAUUUCUGGUGAUGUUAGUAAAAUAAAUUUAGGCUUAACUCCAGAAGACUAUGUUAAACUUUCUGAAGAGGUUAAUAUUGUAUUCAAUAUGGCAGCAACUAUACGGUUCGAUGAGCCAUUGAAAAAAGCUGUGUUAAUAAAUACCCGGGGUACUAAAUAUACACUAGAAUUGGCAAAUGAAAUGAAAAAUCUGGAGUUAUUUGUACAUGUUUCAACGGCCUAUUGUCAUUUGAAUGAAAAGGUGUUGUACGAAAAAGUAUAUCCUCCUCCAGCUGAUCCACAUAAAAUUAUUAAAACUAUGGAAAUUUUGGAAGAUCAUUAUAUUGAUUCGAUCACCAAACAAAUCAUUGGCAUAUUUCCUAAUACUUAUGCGUUCACAAAAUCCCUCUCGGAGCAUUUAGUGGUCGAACAGAUGCAAGCUGGAUUGCCAUGCAUAAUAACUCGCCCAUCAGUUGUUAUUCCUAUUUGGAAUGAGCCUCUCCCUGGCUGGACAGAUAAUAUGAAUGGCCCCAUUGGUUUGCUUAUCGGAGCUGGGAAAGGAGUGAUCCGUAGCAUGUACUGUGACAACAAUGGUUACGAAGAUUUUUAUCCAGUAGACAUAACAGUAAAUGCCCUACUUGUCUAUGCAUGGAACUACAUCGCUAAUAAGGACACAGCCAAAAGUAUUUACCAUCUAACAUCCGGUAAUGAAAUCAAGGUAUCAUAUCAAGAUUUGAUUGACAUUACCAAAGAAAUAGCUGUAACUGAGAUACCGCUAAAUGGCUGUGUCUGGUAUCCGGGUGGAAGCUUAAAAAAAAGUAGAUUUGUUCAUAAUAUUAGCGCCUUUUUUUUCCAUACUAUUCCGGCUUAUCUUUUAGAUGCUCUAAUAUUUUUAUCAGGAAAUAAACCUUGUAUGCGCCGCAUUCAAGAUAAAAUUAAUAAGGGAUUUGAAGUUUUUGAGUACUACGCUAACAAUCAAUGGGAUUUUAGAAACGAUCACGUUACUCACAUUAGAAAAAUCUUAAACGACCGAGAAAAUUUUGAAUACAAUGUUAGAUAUGAUAAUCUAGUUAUUCGAGACUACAUUAAGAACUGCGUCAUGGGUGCUCGAGUUUAUAUAUUGAAAGAAAUGCCAGACACAUUACCUAGUGCAAGAAGACAUAUAAAAUUAAUGUAUUAUGUUGACAUAAUUAGCAAAUUGUUAUUGCUUGCUCUUUUAUUUUGGACAGUAUUCAAAUGGUCUGAUAUUAUCAUUGAAAUUAGUUCAUUCAUUUUAGAUGUGAUUAAAAUGAUUUUUGACUUAGGUCGAUCAGUAUUCAAGUCAAAUUAUUUAGUAAAUCAUCGAUAAAUAAUUAAUUAUGAA